CUCUGGUUCUCGUGGGUUCAAAUCCUACAUUUGGAGAAUUUGUUUCUCUAAAUUUUCUUUUCUAUUUUCAAUAGCCAAUUAACGACCAACGCGGUUUAGUCAAAAUAGUGUCAUUCUUUUCAACAGAAAUACCAGUCUGAGUGUCUGGCAUUUUUCAAAGCCACCAGAGAGAGAGAGAGAGAGAGAGAGAAAUGGCAAGCAACGAUAGCAAUUGCAGACGAGGGAGAGGAAAAACCAUAGACCCAGCUGCCCAUCCCAGGCCUAAAGCCACCGACGACAUUAUCUACACUUCCAUUGCAACACCACCACCUCUAAUCCCAGCAUCCUCCUCAUCAUCAUUCUCCCCCAAUGUUCAUGACCAUGACCCACAUGCCUCUGCCUCUCCCCCCCAUCAUCACAUCAACGCUGGUCCUGAGAGUAAGGAUGAUGCCUUUGAUUCUACAUUGCUGAAACAUGAGACUAGUGAUGAUGUUUCCGGUGCAAAUAAUUUCGAUGCUGGAAGCCAUGGAGAACCUCAAUUGAGGAAACGUGGCAAUAGUAUUGAAGAUAUUCAGACUCCUUUGGAUGAUAUGAUAAAAGUACAACCAUCACUUGACACAUCAGUGGUUCAAGGAAUCUCAAUUGAUAGAGAACCACACAAAGUACCUCUAAACAAAUGAGUAUCUGCAUUAUAGCUUCUGAGAGUACACGCAUUAUUUGUGCUCUCAUAAAAGCAUUCUUAGUAGUUUUGGAAUAUUAACUUUAGUGCAUAAUAUUGUACAGGGCCAACCUAGAUAUUUUGGGGCCUAAAGCGAG